AUGCAAAACGUGAUAACGCUCACGCCAAGUGCUCCUCAUCACCGGCCCCAUGGUGAGAUGAAGGGAGGUUUGAAGAUCCAAUCUGCUCAGGUCUAUCCGCAUGGCCUUUGGCAGACAUUUCCUUCAGGUUAUAGCUCUUUUUCUAUAGUGAGUUUAAGGCGUUCCUUCAGUUCAAAUGUGAAUCAGUUGGCUAUCAUAACUGACCCUGACAUAGAAGGCACAUUAAGGAAUUUAUUGGCAAUUAACUGGGAUGCAAUACCUGAAACUGUUGUCAAUGAGACAAAGAUGGCUUUGUCUAAAGCUACUGAAGAUAAAGCUGCCCAAGAAGUACUGGCAAAUGUCUUUUGUGCAGCUGAGGCAUCACUGGAAUUUAGUGGGGUAUUGGUGUCACUUAGAAUGGCACUUGAUGAUCUAUGUGGCUUGAGUGGUGAGAAUGUUGGACACCUGCCGGAGCAUCUGGAAGAUGCCAUCAGAGCUGCAUAUAAACGAUAUAUCACUUAUCUAGACUCAUUUGGUCCUGAUGAAACCUUUUUGAGGAAAAAGGUUGAGCUUGAAUUGGGAACAAAGAUGAUUCACUUGAAGAUGAGAGGCAGUGGCAUUGGAUCUGAGUGGGGAAAGGUAAGUAAACGAUGCUGUUAUCCUAUGUUACCAAAUUAUUAGCACAUGAAUUGUUUUAGUAUGUUUACUAAACUCCUGUUCUGUUUCGGAGUUGGUUUGGUGCAGUA